AGUGAAAUAUUUUGUUAAGUGCCUAGUUGAUUUUAUUUUACAGUAUCUAAAAAAUAAUCAGAAUGAAACUUAUAGUGGUUAUCACCAUAUUUGUCAUCAGCGUCACCGUAAAUGAUGCCUUUCGUGCGUAUAAUGAGACUGAAGUGGCUCUCAACGAUGAACGGGCAAUGGGUGGUUACAUCAAGAAUGUGAUCGCUGACAUGGCGCAGUCCAUGAAGGAAGCCGGUUAUGAUCCUUUUUAUAUUGAGAGACAAGAAUAUAUCUACCAGCUGCCUGUACCGGUUAUCUUCAAACAUGUAAUUUUGAUUGAACAACUGUUGAGUAACGGCAUCAGCAAUAUCGUGGUGAACUCCGUCAACUACAGUAUACUCGCAUCUCGACUCAGCUUCGAUAUCGAACUGCCACUCGUUGACAUGGGUGUUGGCUCAGGCUCAGUUGAAACCACAGUUUUCGGGAGGAACUUUACAAUGAAUUCGUCUGGAAAGGUAGCUGUUCAGCGCAUGCGUUUCGUUGGUCAGAUCCGCUUCAUAGUGAACCUAAUACCCAAGAUCAGCGUCAGUGUUCGUAGCUCAGAUAUUGCCUUUACUAUGGAUGGGAUCGAAUCCGAUGUAAAACUCGUCGUUCAAAAUGAGGAUUAUUCUGACAAAAUGAAUGAGUUCCUGAGCACGACAGUCCCAACUACCUUCAAGGAAUAUAGGUCUGAGAUCAACGAACUCCUGGGGAUCCUGUCGGUGGAAUACAUCAACAGUUAUUUGCAAGCACAGCAGAAUAAUUAGACUGUUUCCACACCCGUGAAGAUUCCUGCAGAUUAUUAUCAAUACAUUUUUAAUAUUAAACAUUUAUGUACAAAGUA